CCUACCGCGGCGCAGCAACGGCGGAGCAGGAGAGGCGGCCCCGCGCGGCUGCGGGACGGCGCGGCCCUGCUCCCGCCGUGUCCCGGUCCCGGGAGCCGGCUGCAGAGGCCGAGGGGCGCCUCGCGGUGCUGGGCGGUUCCCUCCGCUCCCGGCCUCCGCUGCUCCCGCGGGAAGCCGGGCGGUGUCUUCUUGCCGGAGGGAAAUGAGACCCGAAAUUAGAACCGGGGAAGCCCUUUGCUACCUGUUCUCCAGCCAGCUCAUGUGUCUUAGAUCGGAUGAACUGUAACAUUAAAAAGAUGGAUUAGCUUACAACUUGGUUCGUGUUAGGAUGACGGGUUACAUAUUAACUCGAAGUGUGCGUAACAGGCGAUUCCGAUUAAAUUGGGUCACGGAAGGCAGCAAACGCCAGGCUGUCAUCCUCGCUCGCGUUGCCAUUGCAGAGUGGUGAGACUUUAAGGAUCUGAGUCCAUUCCUAAUUCUUUAACGGGAGCCCUUGUUCCGUUCUAGGUCCUUGACAGACUCAUCUUUGAGUGGGGCUCUAGUGCAGUCUGACUCCAGUAUUGUGUAAGUGACAUUUUCAAACUAUGUGAAGAUCCUUUUUAAGAAGAUUUAUUCCUUUGUGAUGGAGAAGUAUGAAAAAAUUGGGAAAGUUGGCGAAGGAUCGUAUGGAGUUGUUUUCAAAUGCAGAAACAGGGACACGGGUCAGAUUGUGGCCAUCAAGAGGUUUCUGGAAUCAGAAGAUGACCCUGUCAUAAAGAAAAUUGCCCUUCGGGAAAUCCGCAUGCUCAAGCAACUCAAGCAUCCCAACCUUGUCAACCUCCUUGAAGUCUUCAGGAGGAAACGGAAGCUUCAUUUGGUGUUUGAAUACUGUGACCACACAGUUCUCCAUGAGUUGGACAGAUACCAAAGAGGGGUACCAGAACAUCUCGUGAAGAGCAUAACUUGGCAGACCCUGCAAGCUGUAAAUUUUUGCCAUAAACACAAUUGCAUACAUCGAGAUGUGAAGCCAGAAAAUAUCCUUAUCACAAAACAUUCAGUGAUUAAACUCUGUGACUUUGGAUUUGCUCGGCUUUUGACUGGACCGAGUGACUACUACACAGAUUAUGUGGCUACCAGGUGGUACCGCUCCCCUGAGCUGUUAGUGGGGGACACUCAGUAUGGCCCCCCAGUGGAUGUUUGGGCAAUUGGCUGUGUCUUUGCUGAGCUGCUGUCAGGCAUGCCUCUGUGGCCAGGAAAAUCAGAUGUGGAUCAGCUCUAUCUGAUUAGGAAAACCUUGGGGGAUCUCAUUCCUAGGCACCAGCAGGUAUUUAGCACGAAUCAGUACUUCAGUGGUGUGAAAAUUCCAGACCCCGAAGAAAUGUUUCCAGAUGGAAGCUCCGUCUGUCCAUUCCCGCUCCCUCUCAGCUCAUCCGCCGUGAAGGCUCUCACUUCCCUGUGCCACCCCCUUCCGGCAGUACCAGCAAGAGGAAAAGAACCACUUGAAUUAAAAUUUCCAAAUAUCUCUUAUCCUGCUCUGGGGCUCUUAAAGGGCUGUCUCCACAUGGACCCCACUGAGAGACUGACAUGCGAACAGCUGUUGCAGCACCCUUAUUUUGACAGCAUCAGGGAAAUAAGGGAUUCGGCAAAAGAACAUGAAAAACCACCAAGGAGGACCCAAAAACAGAACCGAAAGCACUUGCCUGGGCUGCAAUACCUACCUCAACUGACCAGCAGCAGCAUUCUUCCAGCUUUGGAAAAUAAGAAAUACUACUGUAAUACCAAGAAACUUAACUACCAUUUUCCAAACAUUUAAGGAGUUUUGAGAUUGAUGAUAAAGAACGUAUUGAUAAAUAAUCUGAAAAGGAAAUUUUUGAUUGAGAACAACCACACUGUACACCAGGAGAAAGCACAUGGCACAAUAUGAAGGGGAAAUCCAGGUCCAAUCUUCCAUGCUCAUUGAUAUUAUCUUGAACAGAAAGUUUGUUUGGAGUUUCAUUUGUAUUUUUGUUUUAUCUAAGCAGCCAAACUUAUGAUUACAGACAGAAUAUAAACUGUGUCUAUUGCCCAUACCUCGGGCAAAAUUAGAUGAUGUCAAAAGAUUUGUUCCAGUUGAACCAUAUGCAACAAGUUAAAAGCAGAUUACAAACUGUUUAUGUGUAUUUUCUAGGAUCUUUGUUACCUUGAGUCCUAUCUCCUGCCUUUCAGAUUGACUCAACAGAUUUAAGGAUAGUGUAUUUCUUGAAAUCAAAAUGUCCAAAAUUCCAUUUCCUGCUUACUCUAUCUCUUGAUUUUUAUAUUUUAAAAACAUUUUUUUGGAAUAUUUAAGACCUGUUCAAAAUAUUUAAAAUAAUAUUAUCAUUAAAAAGCUUUGUAAUUUAUAUGCUUAUAUAUUUAGUGAUAUGUUUUUAGACAUUUCUUAUAUAUACUUUUUUCUUUACUUUCAUUAAAGUGUGCAUCUUAGUCAUUUUUGUAGGCAAGAUGGAUGUAUAAUACUUCAUCUGCACUUGUUUGCCCAAUGCCCCUAGCAACCAAUGUCAUGAAGCUUGGCAGCUGACCAGUGUGGUCAAGGGGUAGAACAAGACCUAGAGCUUCAAAGGAACUAAACCCAUCAUCCUGAAAAUGAUUAGAACUGCAUUCUGUCCAGCUCAGCCUUAGACCUGGAGACAGAUCUACUUCAAGUUGUACUGUACAUAGCGAUCUGGAUUUUGGAAGAAACUGCUUGAGCUUUCACUUGGAUCAUGAAAGACAACAGGUUGCAAACUGAUGUAUUCCCUAAAAUAUCUCUUUACAUUGAAAGUAUGUAUGUGUGUAUGUAUGUAUGUUAUCUAUCUAUAUCAUCCUAACAACUAAUGUAUAACUAAUAAGUAGUCCAAAAUGAUAUUAAGGAUUCCUAGCUUUGUACAGUGAGACUUAAAAUGAUGACAUUGAUUAGCUUUUAUUUGGCCUACUACCCGUAUUCAAAAAGCUUUUUCCAUCCUUGUUCUCUGGACACAAAGGCAGCGUGAAGUUCAUGUUUCUCUUACAGCCCAACACUAGUUUUGAUUGAUGUGCUGCCACUAUUUUCUUGCCGUUCUGUCAGAGUUUUCAAUGUUAUAUUUUACUGUAUCAUCAAAACACCUUUCUUCUGCAUUUCAAGUUUAUUGCAAUGUUAAUUUUCUUCAUGGGAGCAUUUGACCCCAUUCGCUUACUGCUAAGUGAUCCACUAAAUUCUGGUAUCUGCUCAAUAAUUUUGGCUACCCCAGCCAGUUAUUGACAUCCUAAGGCUUCCUGAUGUACAUAGCUUCUUGCAUAGAGCUGAUGGUGGAUUAUAUAAUAGUCCCAGUUCCAUCCCACUCUUGUUAUGCAGCCUUGAUUCAAAUGACAAGGAAGGACAUCCAACUUCAGUGAAUAAUUUACAUUUCAUGUUCUUUUUUUUUUCCAUAACCCAAGAAACUGUACUUGACAGAGGCAGAUGACUAUAACUGCCUAACUCAUUUCUAAUUGUUUUACAGAAAACAAUUCAGAAUAGAAAAGUAGCACCAAACUAAAUUGUGGCAAACUGGUUGCCUGACCUCACAGAAAUGAAACAGAAACUUGAGGAAAAGGGCUCCUCUUUUUCCUUAAUGAGUGCUAUUAAAUUUAUGCUUUUGUUUAAUUUAACCAUACUUGUAAUGCUUUUCUUCAGCAUGUAAUCACCACUUUAUCACAUGAGACUGUUCUAGAUCUUUGUUUUGUUUUUUAAAUUUGCUAUUUUCUGAUUUUUUAAUGAAAGAUAUUAGCAAUUAAAUUAGCAAACAGUAUAUCAUUUACGGUACAUGUGAUUUCCAUAAAGUGUUUUCUAAACACAACAAAAAUUAAUUUUUAUACUUGAAAGCUGCAUCAUAGAAAGUGGUUAUUUGAAAAGUAUUUCUAGUCAAGGUUAUAUUCAACAGCUUAAUGUUAAAAUCAAAUAUACAGAUAUCCACAAACAAGUUAGCAUAUAACUAACAAUAAAGACCUAUUUUAUAUGUUUAUAAUAUUCUUUAUCCCUUCUUUCUAGAUCUAAUUUGAAUUUUGGGUUUAUGCUUCUUUUUUGAUGUCCCUUGAAUUCACAGAAGGUAGAGUAUCCAAGAGAAUAUGAAGGAAGAAAAAUUAGUUUUUAAUCAACAUGUUAAAAUUUUUUAUGUUUAAAGCAAUUUUUUUUUUUAAUUUAAGAAAAAAGUAAGUAUAGCUGUGCUGGUCUUUACCUUCGCAAUUUGUUUCCUCUGUUCUAUUGCAAAUUAACAAAACUAUUUGAAUUCAGCCAAGUAUCUCUAAUAAAACACUACUUUAAGCUUACAAAAUAGACAAAUUAACCAGAAAUUAUUCAUUUUGAGAAAGGGUAUAUGUUAUAAACAAUACAGGAAACCAGGAUCAUAAGAAAUGCAUGUGAAUCCCGGGAAGCAAUAUAAAAUGCAUGCCUGAAUAACCACUGAUUACUAUGCAUAAUUGAUUCUGUCAAUGAAUCUGUAAUUUAGCGUCCCACUUUUAAUUAUUGUGCAUUUAUGUAACAGGCUUAAAUAACUUUAAAGUUGUUAAAAUGUAAAUUACUGUUAUAAUUCAAUAAAGAAUACCUGUUGCACAUUUAAA